AAAUAGCACCAAAUCUCAUCAGCCUCAAACCCCUUUCUUUCUACCCAAAAGCUUUCCUCCUCUCUCCAAAUUAUCGAUCAUAAAUCUCCCUCUUCGAUCUUACCUGAAUCCAAUUUAGCCAAUUUUCAAUCACAGAUUUCCAGAUAUAUAAAUUCAAUUUUCCAUUUCCUAAAAAUCCAUUUUCGGAUCUGUUUGAGAUUAAUUUAAUUUAACCGAUGCUGCAGUUUUAUGCAUUGAUGAUUAUGAAUAGAAAUCCGAUGCCAAGGAAUCGGUUCUUUUAUAUAUUUUAGAAUUUUUGGAUUUGGGUUUGUGGGGAUUGGUGGGAGAAGAAAGGGGAAUCAAUGAAUGAAGGAAUUAUUGAUGAUGAGGAUUGAAUCUCGUAGGAAUUGAGAUAAAACUGGGAAUUUUUUAAAUCUACUUUGAUUAUUUUGCGAUAUGCCAGGGAUAGCAUCUGCUGCAGCUGCGGCUGCGGCGGAGAGAAAUGAUCACCAAUUUGCCAAAGGAGCAACGCCGUCUUAUAAGUCGCUUUCUUCCAGCAAUGGCUUCUGGUCCAAACAUCGAGAGGAUAUCAGCUAUAAUCAACUUCAGAAGUUCUGGAAUGAGCUAUCACCGCAAGCUCGGCAGGAGCUUCUGAGGAUUGACAAGCAAACGCUUUUCGAGCAAGCCCGUAAGAAUAUGUAUUGCUCUAGGUGCAAUGGGUUACUGCUUGAAGGUUUCUUGCAGAUUGUCAUGUAUGGAAAGUCUUUGCAACAAGAGGGAGCAGGCACCCAGUAUCCUUGCAACAGGUUGGGAGCUUUGAAGAAUCAGAACGAUGUUGACUUUUGUGGGACUGAUGGAUGUGAUGAUGAUAUUCAAGACCCAUCUGUCCAUCCUUGGGGAGGUCUGACCACGACACGAGAAGGAACACUUACAGUUUUAGACUGUUACCUGUAUUCAGAAUCCCUGAAGGGCAUCCAAAAUGUUUUUGACAGUGCACGGGCUAGGGAACGAGAAAGGGAGUUGCUUUAUCCUGAUGCAUGUGGUGGUGGAGGUCGAGGAUGGAUAAGCCAAGGAAUGGGUGGAUAUGGCAGAGGGCAUGGAACGAGAGAAACCUGUGCUCUCCAUACUGCUAGACUUUCUGUCGACACGUUGGUAGAUUUUUGGUCAGCCCUAGGAGAAGAGACCCGGCUAUCCCUGUUAAGAAUGAAGGAAGAGGAUUUUAUUGAAAGACUUAUGUACAGGUUUGAUAGCAAGAGGUUUUGUAGAGAUUGCAGACGAAAUGUAAUACGUGAGUUUAAGGAGCUGAAGGAACUAAAAAGAAUGAGAAGGGAACCUCGCUGCACCAGUUGGUUUUGUGUUGCAGACACGGCCUUCCAAUACGAGGUAUCUCAUGACACAGUACAAGCUGAUUGGCAACAAACAUUUGUAGACACUUUUGGGACGUAUCAUCACUUUGAAUGGGCAGUUGGAACUGGAGAAGGGAAAUGUGAUAUUUUGGAGUUUGAAAAUGUCGGUUUGAGUGGAAGAGUUCAAGUGAAAGGUCUAGAUCUGAGUGGUUUGAACUCAUGUUAUAUUACUCUAAGGGCUUGGAAAAUGGAUGGUCGGUGCACUGAGCUUUGUGUUAAAGCUCAUGCUUUAAAGGGGCAACAGUGUGUACACUGCAGGCUUGUGGUUGGUGAUGGCUUUGUCACCAUCACCAGGGGUGAAAGCAUUAGAAGGUUCUUUGAGCAUGCUGAGGAGGCAGAGGAAGAAGAGGAUGAUGAUUCCAUGGACAAGGAUGGAAAUGAGCUAGAUAGUGAAUGCUCCCGUCCCCAGAAACAUGCGAAGAGUCCUGAACUUGCUCGAGAGUUUCUCCUAGAUGCUGCAACUGUAAUCUUCAAGGAACAGGUUGAAAAGGCAUUUAGGGAAGGAACAGCACGACAAAAUGCUCAUAGCAUUUUUGUGUGUCUUGCUCUAAAGUUGUUAGAGGAUCGCGUCCAUGUUGCAUGCAAGGAGAUUAUUACUCUAGAAAAGCAGAUGAAACUUCUUGAAGAAGAAGAGAAAGAAAAGCGAGAAGAAGAAGAGCGAAAGGAACGGAGGAGAACAAAAGAAAGAGAGAAAAAGCUGCGGAGAAAGGAGAGAUUAAGAGAAAAGGAAAAGGAUAGAGAGAAGAAAUAUUCUGAAUCAACUAAACAUUCUCAGGGUCCUGAAAUUUCAGAGCAUGAAUUAACAACUAUUGCUGAUGGGGAAUCAAAUAAUAUCUGUAAUGGUGACUUUGUCAGUGAAACAGGGGAAGCUAUUCCAUCUGGGUCUCUAUCUCCAGAUAUUCAAGAUGAGCAGCUUUUGGAUGAGUUCAUUCACUCAGAUUUGCAAAAUCAGUCUGAUAGUCCUGAUGGAGACUUUGCUAAUACAAAUGAUGGCAUGAGUCACUUCCCGAUUGAUCACUUGAAAUAUUCUCGUCGAAAGCUGAAGUUUCGCAAAGAUUUUCAACAGGAUACAUACUCAAAAUGGUAUGACAGGCGGAGAUAUGCGAUUGGUUCAGAGAAUGGGAGUAUGGUUAACAAAUAUGAAGCAAGACAUCACAGUGAUAAUUUUGAGAGUGUGAGGAGCAUUAAUGGGCCAGCUAAGCAACUAAGAAAUUUUGUUGCGAAGUCCAAUAUCAGAAAUGUUGGACCCAAGUAUAGUGAGAAGUCUGCUUGUUCCAGCAACAGGAUCCAUGACAGGUAUGAAUCUCAUGCAUGCAGCUGCAAUCAAUACAGUGAUUUUCGAUUAAAGGUGGAGCCACACAUGUCAAGAAUGGUCAGGGAAAAUAAGUCUGUCUUUAAGUCAGAAUCUGUAUCAGAUAUGUCUAAGCCCUACUACCAUAUAAACCACAAUGAAUACAUGCGUGAAAACUGUGGAAGAUCCAAGAACAAAACUAUCAAUGGGAGCAAUGUUUACAACCGAGAUUCAAGUGUUACCAAGAAAGUUUGGGAGCCAAUGGAAUCACAGAAGUACCUGCGAAGUAACUCAGACUCUGAUGUUACCUUGAGAUGUUCUACUUUUAAAGGUGAAACUACUGAAUCUGAUCAAGCUCCUGAAUCUUCUAUUGCUAGCAGUUCUGACAAUUUAACGGGGAUCACUAUUCAAAUCAAGCAUGAGGACAAGGAUUUACAUGCAGUAAUAAAAUCUGAGCCUGAAGCAGAGAGAAAUGGCGAAAAUGGGUUUCAUCCAAAAGAAAAAUCCCAGCAAUACAAGGAAGCAACGGAUGAGGAUGGUGAACUGUGUCCUAUGUCAAGAUCUUUACAGGCAACAUUAGAUUCAUCACUGAGCAGCUCUUCGAAUUCUGAUAACUGCUCAUCCUGCCUUAGUGAGGGAGACAGCAACAUAUCAUCUUCAAAUCCUCAAACCACUGAAUCUUCAUCUUCAUCAGAUUCAGAUGAUGCUAGUCAAAACUCAGAAGGAAGAGAAACAUCAGUCUGCUUUCAAAGUGGCAUCACUGUAUGUCAAGAUGCUGGGAUAGUAAAAGGGGAGAAUACAUGUGGAGUGGAGCAUGUCAAAGGCCAGGUUGUCAAUGAUGCAGCCACAAACACCAGGGGUACUUUGUCUUCCAAAGCUAAUAGUGAAAAUGGAAGAGCAAACAUGAGCAUUAAUGCUCAACCUCAAGUUGUGCUCCCACAAUUGCACAACCAGAGCAUGCAGUUUCCAAUUUUUCAAUCUCCUCCAAUGGGGUACUACCAUCAAAGUCCACUUUCUUGGCCAGCUGCUCCUACUAGUGGGUUUAUGGCGUUUCCCCCUCCCAAUCAUUAUUUAUUUGCUAGUCCGUUUGGGUAUGGUUUGAAUGGGAAUAGCCAUCUUAUGCAGUAUGGCACUUUACAGCACCCUACUCCCCAAAUGCUUAACCACAGUCGUGUGCCUGUUUUCCAGUCUGUUGCUCAAAGCAAUGGCAUUAAUGGAAAGGAUCAUAUGAAGAUCUCAAAUGUAGGUGGUACAAUAGAAACCCAUGCUGGAGCUAAUGUACAGAGGGUGGUCUCUAAUGGGCUGCAGCCAAGGGAAACACCUGCUACUGCCAAAAAGGGGAUGAAUUUGAAGACUGAAGGAUCUGAUGUCAGAAAUACAGGCUUCUCCCUUUUUCAUUUUGGUGGACCUGUAGAUGUUCCGCCUGGUUUGAAGUCCGAACCUACAUCCUUGAAGGAAGAAAUUGGCACAGAUUUAUCUUCAAAAUUAUCUGCUGACCACAGUGAAGGUGAUCAAACUUGCAAUAAGAAAAGUUCUAUUGAAGAAUAUAACUUGUUUGCAGCAAGUAAUGGGAUAAAGUUUUCAUUCUUCUGAUAUAUAGAGUUACAAGUGUGAGGAGGCGGUUUGAGAUUCAGUCCCUGCUUUGAGUGAUGGAAGCUAGUCAUUACUAUACAAUAAUCCUCCUCUGAAAAUUUUAGCAUCUUUUUAUGGUUUAGUUGAUUGAAUUAUUUUGUUUGUUUUUCUUAGAGUUCCUUGUGUAGAAAGAGAGUUUGAGAAAGUUGCAGAAUGGUUUAAGGUUUUCUGUAUGAGAUCAACUUUUUGAAGUUAAUGGAGCUUUUCCCGGGAUAGUGUCCCUUCUUGCAAUUUCUAUAGAAGAACUGCGAUUAGUUA